AUGGAGAAGCUUCGGAGAGUGGAUGAUGCUGGUGAUAAUCGUUGGGCGGAAUUGCAGGAACGAUUUGUUUCGGAAGCGCGUGACAAAGAAGCUGAUGUUUUAUUUCUGGGCGAUGAUCAUAUAGCUUUGCUUGAACAGUCAAUAAUGUAUCGAGAAAAUUUAGCCCCAUUACACUGCUUAUGUUUUGGGGCUUUUGGCGACAAAAUCUCGAAUUUGUCAUGGAGGCUUGAAAAUAAUAUUUUGGAAGGCUUGAAUCCCAAAGAACAAAUGUUGGAGGCUCUGAAAAGUGUCGCUGGAACUAUUCGAAAGCAGAAGCCGUCAGCAAAAUUGUAUUUUAUGAAACUUCUUCCAUCCGGAAGAAGACCCAACAAACGACGUGAAUUAGUGAAUCGAAUCAAUGAAAGUUUGGAAAAUGUAUUGAAAGGUACGAAUGGCCAAAUUGAGUCUCACUAUAUGUUUGAUUAUGUUCAUCUUACUCAAGAAGGUUAUCGGAAAAUCUAUGAGCCCGUCCUUGUUGCUAUAAAUGCAGCGCUUAAUCCAGACCCAUGA